AAAGAUUUCCAGAAAGUCAUCAACAUUCAAAAGAUGAUUAUGAAGAAACAUCUGUAAAGAAAAUAAAGGAUGACCAAAUCACAAAACAAGCCAUGAUAGCUGUUGCUAAUCAAAAAGCUCGAUCAAAAAUUCAAUGCUCAUAUUGUUGGGCAGAAGAAUCUCCUCGUUGGAGGAAAGGUUAUAAUGGAGUAUUAAUGUGUGAAGAAUGUUUUGAAUCAGUUCUUAUAAACAACAAUAAUGCAAGUGACAUGCAACAUUUGGAAACAAAUCAAUAUAUAACUAGUAGUGAGGAUUAUAUUUAUAGACCAUAUCUCACUAGAACUAUUUGCUCUGACAAAAAUUUUGAUGAUUUGGAAUCACAUGCUUUGUAUCUUGAUAGUUACGAACCAGCUGAAAAUCAAUUGUUCUCAUUAACAUUUGAUAGUUCUUAUUUUGACAUUCCUGGUCGUGCACCAAGAUGGGCAACACAUAGUGGUACUGACUAUCAUGGUACAUGGCUUCCACAAACGGUUCGAAGGCAAAUAUCCAAUACCAUACUUCGUUAUACUAGAAAGAAUGAUAAGGUUUUAUCAAAUUUCCUUGGAAGAGGGACUGAUGCCAUUGAAUGUUUUCUGCUAUGCAGAAA